AUGAAUCACCAACCAAGAAUCGCUUUUAUCAGUGAACAUGGUUCUCCGCUUGCAUCGUUAGGCGGCGCUGAUUCAGGUGGACAGAAUGUUUAUGUAGGACAGCUAGCAAAAUCAUUGGCAGCUAGAGGUUACCAGAUUCAUGUGUUUACGCGUUGGGAGAAUGCUACACUGCCCUUAGUGGUUAAAUGGUGUCCAGGUGUAAGCGUCAUACAUGUGAAAGCUGGGCCACAAAUGGUAAUACCCAAAGAAGAAUUGUUGCCCUGUAUAGCAGAGUUUACACAGAGCAUAUUUGAUUUUAUUUGUACACAAAAGUUGGAAUAUGAACUUAUUCAUGCACAUUACUUUAUGUCGGCCAUGGCUGCAGUGCAAUUAAAGAAUUUAUUAAAUAUUCCAUUUAUUGUAGUAACUUUUCAUUCACUUGGUCAUGUAAAGCGCUUACACCAUGGUACUGAUAUUAGAUUUUUGGAAGAGCGAUUGCAAAUAGAGAAAGAUGUGGUUAAACAGGCUGAUUAUAUUGUAGCAGAAUGUCCACAGGAGCGUGAAGAUUUAAUGAAUUAUUACAAUGCGCCAUCCUCCAAAAUUGUUAUCAUACCCGGCGGCUUCAAUCCCGAUGAGAUUUAUCCGAUAGAGAAAGCUGUAGCUCGUAAAAUGCUUAAUAUCAACACUAACCGGCAUAUUUUACUACUAUUGGGCCGUAUGGUACCACAGAAGGGUAUUGAUAAUGUGAUACAUGCAUUGAGUCGACUAAAAAUAAAAGAUUCGCAAUCGGUGUAUUUGAUAGUUGUAGGUGGCGAAAGCGACAACGGAAACCCGACGGUAUGUGCGGAGACGAGACGCUUGCAACAACUAGCUCGGGAAAACGGCCUGGAAACAUCAAUUAGUUUUGUAGGCAGAAAGAAUCGCGAGCAGCUUAAGUUUUAUUACUCGGCAGCUGACAUAUUUAUUACCACACCCUGGUACGAACAAUUCGGAAUUACAGUGCUUGAGGCAAUGGCCUGCAGAACCGCAGUUAUUGGGGCUAAUGUUGGUGGGAUUAAGUAUACAAUUGUGGAUGGUGAAACUGGCGCAUUGGUUGCCCCCAAAGAUCCUAAUGCACUCGCUAGUAAGAUCACCGAACUGAUAGACAAUACGCAACUGCGUGAGUAUAUGGGUAACAAUGGUCUAAAGCGAGUGAAUGGUUAUUUCACAUGGAACCAUAUUGCUGAGCAAGUAAGCAAUGUAUAUAUGAAGAUGAUGACAUAUACUUAAGAAAACUGUAUUUAGAAACGAAAAUAAAGCUGUCUAAUGAAUAAAAGCGGUUUUGAUAUCUAUAGGUCGUAAGUUGGUAGAUGAUAAACUGUUAUAGUAUUGAUCUGACCUUCAUAACAUUGAAGGAUGGAACGGUAGCAGAUUCUGACUAAUAAAACGAUGGUUAUCGUUAUUUCUAAAUAAACAGUAGGGAGCUACAAAGAGACACUGCAGUUGAUAUGGUAGAGCAGCUGACGAGGGAAGGCCACCAACUGCCUCCUCGCUUUUGAGCUUAAACUCAGUUGACAAUAGGUAAUCGAACGUGCUGAUUCCGAAUAUCACAAUGGUUUUUGCCCGCUUUCGAUUUAAAGACCCGUUUUU